AAGGAGAAGAAAGUACGCUGUGAAAAUUCGGGAGAAUCUGGCACUGCUUUACUCAGGGUCAGCUGACCAACUUUGUCCUCGUCAUGACAGUGGAUGGUACGGGGCAUGGAUGACAAAUGCUCAAAACAUCAAGCUAAAAAGAUGAACCUUACCAUACACAUUUGAUACGGAUGUUGCUUUUAUUCACGCUUAGCCUUUCUAUUGCAUCUAUAAAUCAGGUUGCGAAUAAAAACUAGCCAACAUACCGGUAUCACGCAGAUCAAAAGAUGAUCGUGGCUUUAAUCUAAAAGAUCCACAAGCUUGCCUCUCUUUCGUAUUCUUGUGAAAGAUUCGACAUCCAAAGAUCGUUGUGGGCAAUUAUGAAGCCGCUUAUCUUAAAACGCACUGUGAUCAUAUGCCUUGUUGGUGUAUGUGAUUUUUUCGCGUGCGACUCGAGUGCAAGUCAAAACGAAGUGCCGGAUACACGUAGUCAAUUCAAUAUGACCGCCACCAUCACGCAUAACAGUAGUACUGUACCGAAGAAAAACUAUUCUCUUAAUGACAACAACACCGAAGCGAGAACAGGGCCAGAAGUGUCUUUGAUUCGCCAAAUGAGCAAAGAUCUUAUCGACACAGGACAUUUCCUCGAAUCGAAGAUUCCGAUUGAACAUAAACUUCCAGAAUCGCCACUACAUGGUGUCACGAACACUGAUAUAUGGAGAACAGAAGCAGAUAAGGCUUAAGAUACGUUGUCUGAAGUGAAAACCUUGCUUGGUGAAGAAGAUUGGAGAACUUUACUUGGUACAACAGAUGUCUCGUGGAACAGCUAUAAAGAAACAGAAGAGAUCUAUUCGCACUACCUGAGGUCUGGUGUAUCUCCUCAGGAACUUUUUUAUAUCAUGAACGUUCAUCUUCCGCAUUUCCCGGAUGACGUGCGACGCAUUGAUCCAAAGGUUUUUGCAUGGUUCAAAUAUAUUAUUUACUUGAGGGACUCGCACGCGAUGGAUGAUCCCCUCGCAAACGUCG